CUUCCGUCCACAAUCCUGACGAUUGCAGUCUUACCGGAAGUGCAUGGGCUGCCGAUGUGGUGUGUAGCGAGUGUGGUUUCAGACACUCGCCCUUGUUUCUCAGGCUGGGUAUUUGCCGUGCACCAUGGCGCCCAAGGGUAAAGUGGGCACCAGAGGAAAGAAACAGAUAUUUGAAGAGAACAAAGAGACUCUGAAGUUCUACCUGCGGAUCAUACUGGGGGCAAAUGCCAUUUACUGCCUUGUAACCUUGGUUGUCUUCUACUCAUCUGCCUCAUUUUGGGCCUGGGUGGCCCUGGGUUUUAGUUUGGCUGUAUAUGGGGCCAGUUACCACUCUAUGAGCUCGAUGGCUCGGGCAGCCUUCUCUGAGGAUGGGUCCUUGAUGGAUGGUGGCAUGGACCUCAACAUGGAACAGGGCAUGGCAGAGCACCUUAAGGAUGUGAUCCUGCUGACAGCCAUUGUGCAGGUGCUCAGCUGCUUCUCCCUCUACAUCUGGUCCUUCUGGCUUCUGGCUCCAGGCCGGGCCCUUUACCUCCUGUGGGUGAAUGUGCUGGGUCCCUGGUUCACAGCAGAUAGUGGAACUCCAGCACCAGAACACAAUGAGAAGCGGCAGCGGCGACAGGAGCGGCGACAGAUGAAACGGUUAUAGCCAUGGAUAUUGUGGCCACAGUCUAUUGGGUGCUGGUUGGCUCUAUUAGGUUGCAUGGUCCCCAUGCCUGGAGCAAUGAGGGCAUGCCUGAGGUCUAGGAUUACCGAAUAAAUGGUUUAGGCUGUG